CUGUUUAAUCAGCUUUUUGAUAUGCUACACCUGUCACGUGGAUGGAUUAUCUUGGCAAAGCAAUGUAAACAAAUUUACACAAAAUUGGAGAGUGGAGGUUUCAUUCUGGUCUCUUUUUAUAUAAACACUGUCUUUGGCAGGAGGAAAACCAAACUUGGAGGAACCAAAGACCUCCACAACAUCAAGACGACACCUCUGCUCCCAGAUCAAGUUAGGAAGCCUGAAAAGACCUGAGAGGACACACACGGGAGAGAAGCCAUACCAUUGUGGCCAGUGUGGAAAGAGUUUUAGCCUGUUAGGAAGCCUGAAAGCUCAUCAGCGAAUACACUCAGGAGAGAAGCCAUACCAUUGCGGCCAGUGUGGAAAUAGUUUUAACCAGUUAGGAAACAUGAAAAGACAUGGGAGAAUACACACAGGGGAGAAGCCUCACCAUUGCUCCCAGUGUGGAAAGAGUUUUAAGCGGUUAGACACCCUCAAAGAUCAUUUGCGAAUACACACAGGGGAGAAGCCUUUCCGUUGCGCCCAGUGUGGAAAGAGUUUUAGCCGGUCAGGAAGCCUGAAAGAGCACGAGCGAAUUCACACGGGAGAAAUCUUACCACUGAUCCCAGCGUGCAAUGGGUUUUUACCCAAUUAGGACACCUGAAAGAAGACAUGAGACCUCACAUGGGGGAGAAGCCUUACAAAUGUUCAGACUGGGGGGAAGGCAUUUUACUCAUCAGUAGCGUAAAAAACGUGCGAAUCCACACAGGAGAGAAUAAUGACUUCUCCUUGUGUGUAAAUGUAUAUUUCACAUCACAUUGACUUAAAAUUCAUCAGAGAACAUACACAGUGCUCCCAAUUGUCUUAUAUUGUGGACUGAGAAUGUGUUUACUUGUUUAUACCACAUGAAAUUGAAUGGUACAAAGUAUACUCAAAAAUAUAUUUGUGUGUUUUUAUUAGAAAAUAUGAAUUGAAUAUUGUCGUGUCUUUGCCAUCAUUAAAAGUGAAGACUUAUUUUACGCCCGAGUCUGGCCUCGGGUUAUUGAGAGAUCUGAUUUAGGAUUUACCCUCGUAGAAAGGUUGUUUUAUCAUGUGGUUUCAUUCGGGUCUCUAUUUAAAAAUAACACUGUCUUUGGCAGGAGAAAGGCCAGACUCGGAGGAACCAAAGCCGGGGACGUCCAAACUAGCAAGACGACACCAGUGCUCCCACUGUAGAAAGGGUUGUAACCGGUUAUGGGACCUGAUACAACAUGAGAAAAUGCACACAGGGGAGAAGCCUUACCACUGCUCCCAGUGUGGAAAGAGUUUUCACCAGAAAGCACACCUGAAAGCUCACGAGAGAAUACACACAGGGGAGAAACCUUACCACUGCUCCCAAUGUGGAAAGUGUUUCGUCCAAUCGGGGGAUCUGAAACAACACGAGAGAAUACACACAGGAGAGAAGCCUUACCACUGCUCCCUAUGUGGUAAGUGUUUCAAACAGAGCGGAAACCUGAAACAACAUGAGAGAAUACACACAGGAGAGAAGCCUUACCACUGCUCCCAAUGUGGAAAGUGUUUCAUUCGGUCAGGGGAGCUGAAACAGCACGAGAGAAUACACACGGGAGAGAAGCCUUACCACUGCUCCCAGUGUGGAAAGUGUUUCAACCAGGUGGGGGAGCUGAAACAACAUGAGAGAAUACAUACAGGAGAGAAGCCUUACCACUGCUCCCAGUGUGGAAAGUGUUUCAACCAGAGAGGAAACCUGAAACAACAUGAGAGAAUACACACAGGAGAGAAGCCUUACCACUGCUCCCAAUGUGGGAAGUGUUUCGUCCGUUUGGGGGAGCUGAAACGGCAUGAGAGAAUACACACGGGAGAGAAGCCUUACAACUGCUCCCAAUGUGGAAAGUGUUUCGUCCAUUCGGGGAAGCUGAAACAACAUGAGAGAAUACACACGGGAGAGAAGCCUUACAACUGCUCCCAAUGUGGAAAGUGUUUCAACCUGCCGUGGGAGCUGAAACAACAUGAGAGAAUACACACAGGAGAGAAGCCUUACCACUGCUCCCAUUGUGGAAAGUGUUUCAACCAGAAAGGAAACCUGAAACAACACGAGAGAAUACACACAGGAGAGAAGCCUUACCACUGCUCCCAUUGUGGAAAGUGUUUCAUUCGGUCAGGGGAGCUGAAACGACAUGAGAGAAUACACACAGGAGAGAAGCCUUACCACUCCUCCAAGGGUGCAAACCAUUUGCCCAUUUAGGAAGCAUGAAAGAACACAUUAGACUGCACACAAAGGAGAAGGCUUAGAAAAGCUCAGACUGUGGGAAAACAUAUUACUCAUAAGUCACUUAAACGUCAUUAGAGAAUCCACACAGGAGAGAGAAAUUACUUCUCUUAGCGUGUAUGUUGAUAUUUCACAUCACAUUGACUUAAAAUUCAUCAGAGAACAUACACAGUGCUCCCGUUGUCUUAUAUUGUUGACUGACAAUGUGUUUACCAGUCUUUACCAGAUGAAAUUAAAUGGUACAGGGUAUACUCAAACAUAUAUUUGUUUGUUUUUAUUAGAAAACAUGAAUUGAAUAUGGAAACUGUCAGUUUGAAUAUAAAGAAGAUCAGGUUCCUUCUUUUAAACUGUCCUUUUUUUAAACGCUUUGUGUGUGUUUAUCUGGGUCAUUCCUCCAGCACUACAGAUAAUCAAGUGAUAUUUGGAUGUGAUGCAUUAGUUCCAUUGUUGACAUUUGCAUUGUUGGCCCACUGAUGAUUUAAUGAAAUGAAAAUGUUCAGACUCUGUAAUGGAAAAUGUUAGUUGUAUGUGUGUCCACAUAACUGAGUAUGUGACUAACCUUGAGAAACUGUCCUAUUAUAAGCUCCUGUUCUUGGGAGUAUCAUCCUGUGUUGCAAACCAAUUUACACCUGUGUCCUUGUAUGAAUAAAGUCCCGCCCAGGAACAGGAAACUAUAAAGAUAUGUGCUAAUCACCCAAUGCUUCAGGAAUUCAGACUGUCUACACUGCGCUGUGUAACUCUGUUAUUCUCUCUGAGCUCAGAAAUAAAGAAUCUUGGUUUGACUCGGA